GACGCGUCCCGUGUUGGAUUAGAGCUAGCUGAUAGUCUCUAGCCAUGAUUAUUACCGCUAAACUGGUCGCCAUCGGCCUGAGCCUGGCGCUCACCGCCUUCACGGUCUCCACCAUCGUCCUGGCCGUUCAGAAGGCGAACCUUAAGAGCGACCUGAAGGAUGCCCAGGAGAAGCUGGAUCUUCUGGAAUCGGGGUUUACCACGAGCACAGCUGGGCCCACGACCUCUAGUACUUCGAGUAGUUCGGGUACUGAGGAGCCUGGGAGUACAGCCUCACCCGGAUCCACUGCAUCCCCUGGCUCGACAGUCUCUCCUGGGACCACACCAGCUCCCGAAGAAAAAAUCGAUUACCGCCUGCCGAGCACCUUAAAACCGACCCACUAUGAUCUCUAUCUGUUCCCAAACACCGAGACGGGCGAAUUUAGUGGCCAGGAGACUAUUACAAUUACGGUUCUAGAAGCCACCGAUAAGAUAGUGCUGCACUCUCUAAACUUGAACAUUCCGAGCUACUCUCUGCAGAAUACGGGAAGCAAUACUCUAGAGAUUCUAGAGGUGUACUUUGACUCUGUCAGGGAGUUUGUUGUGUUCCAGCUGAGCGAAGAACUGGAACAGGGCAGGGAAGUACAGCUGCACAUUGGUUUCGAGGGAUCGAUGGCCAAUAAAAUUGUGGGCCUUUAUAGCUCCUCGUAUCUAAAGGAGGACGAGACUCGCAAGGUGAUAGCCACCUCGAAGUUCGAGCCCACCUAUGCCCGCCAGGCAUUCCCCUGCUUCGACGAGCCGGCCCUAAAGGCGGAGUUCACCAUCACCCUGGUGCAUCCUUCCGAAGGAAACUAUCAUGCCCUGUCCAACAUGAAUGUGGAGUCCACUGUCAACCAGGGAGCAUACCAGGAGGUCAGCUUCGCCAAGAGUGUGCCCAUGAGCACUUACCUGGCUUGCUUCAUUGUCUCGGACUUCACCUCGAAGGAGGUGGAGAUCGACACCAAGGGCAUUGGAGAAACCUUCACCAUGGGCGUCUACGCCACCCCAGAGCAGAUCAACAAAGUGGACUUCGCCACCGAGGUGGGCAAGGGAGUGAUCGAGUACUACAUCGACUAUUUCCAAAUUGCGUAUCCCCUGCCGAAACUGGACAUGGCGGCCAUUCCGGAUUUCGUUUCAGGCGCCAUGGAGCACUGGGGCCUGGUCACCUACCGCGAAACCUCACUCUUGUACGAAGCGGAAACCAGUUCGGCGACCAACAAGCAGCGCAUUGCCAGCGUAAUUGCCCACGAAUUUGCUCACAUGUGGUUCGGUAACUUGGUCACCAUGAACUGGUGGAACGAUCUUUGGCUAAAUGAGGGCUUCGCUAGCUUUAUUGAAUAUCUUGGCGUGGACGCCGUCUUUCCUGAAUGGAAAAUGCGGGACCAGUUCAUCGUAAGCACCCUGCAUGGUGUACUCACCUUGGAUGGAACUCUGGGCUCUCAUCCCAUUAUCCAGACGGUAGAGAAUCCCGACCAGAUCACCGAGAUCUUUGACACCAUCACCUACUCGAAGGGCUCUUCGCUGGUUCGAAUGCUGGAGGACUUCCUGGGUCAAACCACAUUCCGCCAGGCCGUCACCAACUACUUGAAUGAAUACAAAUACUCAACCGCCCAGACCGGUAACUUCUUUGCGGAGAUCGACAAGCUAGAUCUGGACUAUAAUGUCACAGACAUUAUGCUUACAUGGACGGUGCAGAUGGGUCUUCCAGUGGUCACGAUUGAAAAGGUGUCCGACACUGAAUACAAAUUGACGCAGAAACGCUUCUUGUCCAACCCGAACGACUAUGACGAGGAGCACGAAGCCUCGGAAUUCAACUACCGGUGGUCGAUCCCCAUCACCUACAUCACCAGUGCCGAUUCGACGGUGCAGCGUGUCUGGUUUUACCACGACCAGAGCGAAAUCACAAUAACUCUUCAAGAGCCUGUUGAGUGGAUCAAGUUGAACUGCGAUCAGGUUGGAUAUUUCCGAGUUAAUUACGAGGCUGACCAGUGGAACACGCUGGCCAAUCAGCUGGUGACCCAGCCGAGUGCCUUGACUUCCGGAGAUCGGGCUUCAUUGCUCAAUGAUGCUUUUGCCCUGGCCGAUUCCACUCAGCUGCCCUAUGAGACGGCUUUCGAGUUGACCAAGUACCUGGACAAGGAGACGGACUACGUUCCUUGGAGCGUGGCUGCAACGCGGCUGACAUCUCUGAAGAGGACUCUCUACUACACCAGCAGCUAUGCCAAGUACAAGAAAUAUGCCACAGCUUUAAUCGAGCCCAUUUACACCGCUCUCACCUGGACAGUGGGCGAGGAUCAUCUGGACAACCGCCUUCGGGUUACAGCUCUCAGUGCAGCGUGCUCUUUGGGCCUGGAAUCUUGUAUUAAAGAAGCUGGAGAGCAGUUUACGAGUUGGUUGGCCAGUCCCGACGAUCGUCCAAAGGCCGAUGUACGUGAGACUGUCUACUAUUACGGAAUGCUUUCGGUGGGCGAUCAGGAAACUUGGGAUACCGUCUGGGAACUUUUCGUCAACGAGGCCGACGCCAGCGAAAAGUCCAAGAUAAUGUACGGCCUGUCCGCCGUGAACUCUCCUUGGAUUCUCCAGCAGUAUAUUGACCUCGCCUGGAACGAAACGUACGUGCGGGGUCAGGACUACUUUACCUGCCUUACCUACAUCUCGGCCAAUCCUGUUGGCGAGUCGCUCGUCUGGGACUACGUGCGUGAGAACUGGACAAAGUUGGUGGAUCGUUUUGGCCUAAACGAGCGCUACCUGGGCAACCUGAUUCCCUCGAUCACGGCUCGCUUCAGCACCCAAACCAAGCUCGAGGAGAUGGAGCAGUUCUUUGCCAAAUACCCCGAAGCCGGAGCGGGAACUGCUGCCCGCGUGCGAGCUUUGGAGACGGUCAAGAACAAUAUCGUGUGGCUGUCCGAGAACCUCGAGGGCGUCGAUGCCUGGCUGGACAAGCAGCAACUGUAGUUCGAUACGUGGAAUAGCCUCAUUUAACUUUUAGUCACAUAAUUGCCAUUAUAAAGCGAAAAAUAUGCCGAACAACUUGAAAUAAAGAUAAGCUAGUUGUGGAGAAAACGAAAAA